AUGAGGAUAGAGGUGAAUUCGGCUGCGGACUUCCUGAUGAACCUGCUCCGGGUACGGAAGGCGAACCAGUUGUCGGAAAGUCAGUUGCAGCAUUUCAAGGGUUCGCUAGAACAGAUCCUGACACGCCACUUCCAGUGCCACUGGUAUCCGGAUGUACCGACGAAAGGGUCCGGCUUUCGGUGUCUUCGGAUCAACGGGAAGAUGGAUCCGAUUAUUGAGAAGGCGGGCCAUGCUGUCGGGUUGAAUACGGUCGUACUGCGGAAACUGCUACCCCUGGAGCUAACGAUCUGGAUCGAUCCGGACGAGGUGUCCUACAGGAUCGGGGAGAACGGUACGAUCUGUGUGCUGUACGAUACGGCCCAGAGUCGUGCGAGUCCAUCGUCCGAUUUAGACUCGACCGGAAGCAGCAGCGGCAUUGCGUGUGACGAGUUCAUCAUGGAGCGGGUCGGUCGGCUCGAUCUGUCCGUGUCGUCCGUGGACAGUGGCAAUGGUAGUGCCGGCGCCAUGAUGGUCGACUACCUGGAGCACACCGGAAGCGGUGGCAAACCGCACCAGGGUCAGCAGCAGCACCAUAACAACAAGUACAAUCACAACCAAUCGAACAACAGCCACAACCAUCAUCAUUAUGCGAAGCAGCGCCACAGCAACAGCAUGUCGUCGUCGUCUAGUGGACAGACCAGCCCACCGCUCAGCCCACCGUACGGCGGUGCCGCCGGCUUCCUGAACCAUCAGCAGCAGCAAAAUCUCGCCAGAUAUCAGGCCGCCCAGCAGCACGCCCAUGGACCGCAGCAGCACAGCAACAACUUCUAUCCGUCGGCCGGCGCGAACGUCCACCAGCCCCAGCAGUACUUCCCCUGGGACAACCAGUUCGUCAACAACAAAGUGCGCACCCAAUGUUAA